CUAGCAUAUCUCAGUUUGUUAUGCAUCACUAGCUCAAAAUACUCAUAUUUUCUUGGAGAUAUUGCUAGAGCUUAUUCCAUGUUACCCGAAGAAUUUAAAACACCGUGUAGACCAAGGCGCCCACCGCCCAGACCAAAUCGGUCAGGUGAAGCUCCACAGCCUUGGACUACCGCUCGUUGCAGCCGUUUGCUUCGGCCAUUACUUUCACGAAUAUCUUCUCUAAGAAAGGAUACUACAGCAUCGCUAUUAGACGCCAAGGACGAUGAACAUGAACAGGAGACAUCAUUGGGCGAUGAGCAACGUGAUGACCAUGAGUGGCUAGGGCCGAGGAAGAGAGUUCGAUUAACUUACUCUCAAAAACGGCCUUCCCGUCGUCAAGAUGAGCUGUGCCCGCCUAGCAAAGGUGCUAAGGGGUCAGACACAGCAGGGUACCUUCAUCGGAGUAGAGGGAAGGCUCUAAAUCCUGGAGAGAUAGUGCCAGCUACGCCUUUAUUACGACGUGCAAGAGGUCAUAUCAUCCCCUCCUCCCCUGCGGCUCCUAGUAAUCUCGGAGGAGAGUCUAGACAACUCACUACUGGAUGUAGGCGAGACCCCCGUUUGAAAAAGGGCAUAAUCAAGAACAAAGACCACGAGCAACGUCUGGCCAAACUACGAACUCAGUCAACGCCUGAUCGAUACAAUGACUUAGAGGCAAUAUAUCGGAGCUUGGAAGCACUUCUAACAGCAACACACCGCGACACGAACCAAAGGCGUGGUCCACGAUCAUUUCUCGACAUGUGUCUCAGGAAAGUACCGCAGUAUAUCGAAGCGCUCGAGGCCCAGGAGAGGAUGGACGCAGAGCAGAACGGCACUGUCUCUACGCUUGACAAUCUUGACACCUCAGCAGAGGUAUACAACUAUCUAGAAGACAUUGGACCGAACCCGGCCCUCGGAUGGAAACAUCUAAGGGUUGUAGUUCGGUCAGAUGGGCUUCAUGCGAUCAAGCAAGCAAUCUUAGAUGGUAUAUUCGGCGACGAAUUCUCGGAAUUACUCAUCGAUCUAUGCGUCCAAGCCGGCGCAUCAGCAGAGGCCGAAGAACUCGUCACAGCACUAAUCGAUCGCCAAUAUCCACCGCCGACGACACCGGAUAGCUCCUUUUCCGAGCUAGCAUCACUUCGACCGCUUACGGUGUUAUGGAACUUCGCAACAAAACAAGACCGCAUACCAUUUCUCUUGCGUCAAUACUCAUUACUAUUGUCUUACGAAUGCCUUCCGGAAGAUUGGCUUUCGUCCCGAGAAUUUGAACGCAUAUGGGCCUUAGCUGCCCGGCACCUGUCGAAAGUGGAUGCAGCCGACGACGCCGUGGCUUUCAUGAACCACUCCAUCUCGCUACUAUGCUGCCGAAAGCGGGUUCUCGCGCGUGGACCCGACGCGAGUACAGACAUAGCCGUAGCGAAUAAGCAGACGUUAAUUAGUGCUUUGACGAUGCUAACCGCGAUGAGCUCUUUGGGCGAGAUAGAGCUUCAAUCCGCAAGGGUUUCAGAAUCGGAGAUUACGAAGAUCAGCCUCAUCGGCAACAGGCUUCGAUGCAUUUUGAGAUCGUGCAUGGCUGACCUGGAGCUACCGAGACCCGCGCGACACGAUUUGGGAAAUGAUCUUCUAUAUUUAGCAUUGUUUCUUUCAUCGAGCACCGCCCGCAAUGACGACAGCAUUAGCUCCCGUUUGAGACAUGGCGUCGAGCAGGCAUGGCGGGCGAACGUUAACCCCGGAGCCGCGCGAGGCAGCCGCACGAAACAUCGUCUCGACGAUAUCGCAUCAUUCCUAUCGUCAGUAGCCCGUAGUUGUGGCAGAGGGAUGUCUGUUACGUCUCACAAGUGCCUGGAGACGCUGUUCUCCCAACUCGAUGGCCUCGGGCUCGAUCGGGAGAUCCUAAGCAGCAUGAAGGCAGUCUCCGCGUUCGCGCUGGCGCAGCAGACCAACGACGUCAAGGACUUCAUCUACGCGGAGAAGCUAGCCUCGAGCCAGCACGCGGCGGCUACGAAGACGGACGACAACGACGACAACGACGCGCGCCCGCGGAGGAGCCUUUUCUCCGGGUACCGAUGGGAGGAAACUAUAGGCGAAUGGGUUACCGUGAGCCCUGAGAGACGACGACCCAGGAUGAGGAUAAGGCAGUUUCGAUCUUCGUCUAGGAUGGAAAUGGGCCACGGCGAAGAGGGCGCCAGCCAGGCCGGGGGGUCCACAUUUGGUGAUGCAGAUAACGUUGCAAGUCCAGAAAUAGCCUCUGUACAGGGUAGUAUUCACAGCAACCAGGGCCCUCUGGCAGUCGGAACCGAACGCGUCAACGUCAAGAAACGUGCGUAUUCCUGCUCUAAAGCCGACAAACCGCGAGUAGCGGCCGGGGCUACAAUAGCGUAUCGCAGCAAGCAAUUCACAAAGUCUGCGAUCUUAUCGCUAGACGACGACGAUGAGCUCAAUUCUGAUAAGGAAAAUCAGAAUCAUGCCAUGGCCAAGAAGCCAAGGAGGAGCAUAGAUAAAAGGACGGUGCUAAGUCUGAAGCCACGAUCUAGUUUCGCAAGCGCAGCAAGCAUUGGCAUGCCGGGCGACGAUUGCAGCGACGACGAGCUCUGCAUGUGAGGGCUCGCCGUCUAUCUUGAAGGAAAACAUCACUAGAGUAUUUCUUCGAGUGCAUACGUAAUGCGGCGUCCGUUGUGUGAUCUAUCUUUGGAUACAAUGCGGCUCGGUAGACGUGAAAUUUAGAAUUUCGGCACCGAAGAUUAGAUUACUUGUAUAUAAAUUAAUUCUUCAACGGAUCCAUUGCGUAGGAUCGGAGGCGUUCAGAACCGUUCCAGCGGGAUCUCGCGUCCUGCACGGACGGACCGGUAGCUUUUAGAGUAUUACCAACACAUGUGCAUACCCAGUUGCCCAGGUGUAAAUCACACCUUAUGUUCUGUUCGGUAUUCGAAAUUAAUAAUAAACCAUUCGACAUAAGACCAUUAUAGGAAGUUUGUUGGGGUCAUAAGAGUCUUGGUGAUGAAGAAUCCAUGUGCUCAUCCUUAGAUCCUUUAGAAGCUAGGUCCAGGAAGAAAAGACCAUUAUUAGUGAAACGUGAAACGAGCCAAAAUGGGCAACUCGUAUCAACUUGUACUAUGUAAAUUCUUACCACAAAAGGUCUCUACUAUAUCUGGAUUCCGCCCGACGGGUUGCUAGGCCAUCGGGAUAUAGAUGAAACAGCCCGCCCUUGUAUAGUUUCCGAAUAGAGAGAAAUUGGCACUUGGUAGACGGAAGU